AUGCAUUCCGCCACAGAGUCGCUCUACUUUCUCCCAACCGACGAAUCGGAGCGCAAGAGACUUGAUCUUCAAAACGAGGUCUUUAGAAAGGCUUUAGGGAACCGUAUUGUAUUUGCUCCCAUCGAACUUCACGCGGGAGACAAGGUACUUGAUAGUGGGACUGGCUCAGGUUUGUGGUCGUCUGUGAUUCAAAGAUGCUACUUUUAUGGAAUUGACCCGAAGACAGACAUUUUUCCAAGGCUCGACGAUGAACAGAAGCGGCGGAUCCACCUGGAUGCGGGGAGUGUUUUACAGCUACCGAGCACUUGGACCGACAACUUUCAGUUGGUGAAUCAGCGGCUCCUUAUGACAGCGUUUUCAAAAGAGAACUGGGACACGGCUUUGGAGCAAAUUUACCGUGUACUUGCGCCAGGAGGCUGGGUGCAGCUCGUCGAAAUCAGUCAAUGCAUCUCUGGAGAGAGAUCACGAGAGUACUACGCGAUGUUUCGGGAUCUAUUUUCCAAAAGGGGCGUAUUAAAUGACUGCGCUGACCACAUUCCGAAAUUCCUCAAAGAUGCAGGGUUUGACCAAGUCAAGGCGCAACGUUGCGAAGUCAGUAUUGGGGGUCCACCCGAUUCAGGCGGGAUAAACGCCGGGGCUCGCGAGAGCUUUAUUGGCGCCAACAAGAGAAUGUUAAGUACGGUAGUGACACUGGGGAUUCGGACGGAGGAAGAAUACAAGGAAAUGGUAGAAGAUCUAGAAAAGGAAUGGGAGAGCGAGGCUCAGUCAAAGAUGAUUUUUUACAUUUUCCUUGGCCAGAAACCACUAGCUACUUAUAACGACAAAUGA